AUGAAAUAUUUGCAAUCAAAAACUGAAACACUCAAUCUCUCUCUCUCUCUCUCUCUCUCUCUCUCUCUCUCUCUCUCUCUCUCUCUCUCUCUCUCUGUAUCUAUCUAUCUAUCUAUCUUGCUUUCUCUCUCUCUCGCUCUCUCUCACGGUAAUUUUGUUCAGCAGGUGUUUAGUUUUUCUUUUCAUUCAUAUCUCUCUCUCUCUCUCCCUCUCUCUUUCUCUCUCUCUCUCUCUCUCUCACUGAAGAGAUCAAAUGAUCUCAAUUACUUUUCUUUUUUUACAUUAUUUGUCUUUCUUUUUUUUCAUUCUUUCUUUCUUUUCUUUUCCUUUUUCUUUUCUUUUUCCUUUUUCUUUCUUUUUUUCUUUGUAGUCAAGAGAUCAAAUAAUCUCUACUUUCCUGUGUGUUGUUUUUUUUUAUUUUUCCUUACUUUUUCUUUCUAUUUUCUUUCUUUAUUUUGUUUUUUUUUACUUUUUCUUUCGUUCUUUUUCUUACUUAUUUGUUUUUCUUUCUUUCUUUCUUUCUUUCUUUUAUCUUUCUUUCUUUUCUUUCUUUCUUACAAAGAAUGA